CUGCAUCUCUCCAACUCCCACCAGCAGUCAACUCAGCAGAACCUACAGCUCCUGUGAUUCUCUGACUUUUGCUUUCUGAAGACUUGGAACUGUACAGGACUCUAUCUUUUUUUUUCUGUGCUUGAGAACUAAGGAUUUAAAAAAAAAAAAAAAAAAAAAAGAUAUUUUCCACUGCAGCAUGGAGACCACCACUGGGGAAUAUGGUGAUGGCUAUGAGUAUUAUGAUGACAAUGAGACUGCCUGUGAUUUCUCAGAGUGGGAGCCCUCUUACUCCCUCAUCCCGGUCCUCUACAUGCUCAUCUUCGUCCUGGGCCUGUCAGGCAACGGCGUGGUCAUCUUCACCGUCUGGAGAUCCAAAUCCAAACGCCGGGCUGCAGAUGUCUACAUAGGGAACCUGGCCAUUGCUGACCUCACCUUUGUUAUUACCCUGCCUCUCUGGGCCGUGUACACAGCGCUGGGCUACCACUGGCCCUUCGGCGUCGCUCUGUGCAAGAUCAGCAGCUACGUUGUUCUGGUCAACAUGUACGCCAGUGUGUUCUGCCUCACCUGCCUGAGCUUUGACCGCUACCUGGCCAUCGUGCACUCUCUGUCCAGCAGCAGGCUGCGCUCCCGGGGCACCAUGCUGGCGUCCUUAGGUGCCAUCUGGUUCCUGUCCGGCCUGCUGGCUAUACCCACGCUGCUCUUCCGCACCACUUUGAAUGACCAAAACAGCAACCGGACCACAUGUGGCAUGGACUUCAGCCUGGUCACCGUGAACCAGAGGCACGAUAACCUCUGGAUCGCUGGGCUCAGCCUCUCCUCCUCCGCCUUGGGUUUUCUCCUACCUUUCUUGGCCAUGACCAUCUUCUACUGCUUCAUCGGCUGCACGGUCACACGCCACUUCAACAACCUGCGCAAGGAGGACCAGAAGAAGAAGCGGCUGCUGAAGAUCAUCACCACGCUUGUUGUGGUGUUUGCCAUCUGCUGGACUCCCUUCCACGUCCUAAAGAGCAUGGACGCCCUUUCUUACCUGAACCUGGCCCCGAACUCCUGUGGCUUCCUGCGCUUCCUACUUCUGGCUCACCCCUACGCCACCUGCCUGGCCUACGUCAACAGCUGCCUCAACCCGUUCUUGUACGCCUUCUUCGACCUGCGCUUUCGUUCCCAGUGUCUGUGCCUGCUCAACCUGAAGAAGGCUAUGCAUGGCCAGAUGAGCUCCAUGUCCUCCACACUCAGCGCCCAGACUCAGAAGUCAGAGAUCCAGUCUCUGGCCACCAAGGUGUAGAAGGUAAAAGGAAAGGUGGAGAGUGUGGCUGCGGGCCGGUCCCAGCUCCAACCAGCUGGAACACUUGUUAACAAAAUAAGAGACUUUACGUGUCAGCUGUUCAAAGCUGGUAAGCUGAGAUGAUGAACUUUCACUGCUCACAGUCAUGAAAUCCAUAAUAUGUUCCUCCUAUUCUACAGCGAGAGAGGUGGAUGCCCUGUUUGUUGUGUGGACGUGAAGCUGGAGUCAGCUGGCUGAGCUCCUUGGCUGCUUUGUUCCUCAAAUUCUCAGAGAAAAAAAAGUAUAUUUUUUGUUGUGUCCUGCUCUGCAAAAGUCCUAAUUUCUAUAACGGAAAGAGGGCAAAAUUAUGAUUUUAAGAAACACACACUGAUGUUAGGAAUUGUAAAUCAAUUUAUGCAGAAUUCUGUUUACACUGGAUGAAACAUAAAGCUGUACAGUAUUUUCAUACCAUAGCAUUGUUUUUCUUGUUCAAAUCUAUUGCUGUUUUGUUUUAGAAGCACUUGUUAAAAAGAUAUGUGAGCAGGGAAAUCAAAUAGAGCAGUGUCCUCUUAAAAGCUUGUUGUUUUUGAAGGUUGACUGCAGGAGGGAGGGGGGGGGCACAAGAGGAGUAAAGGUGUUGCGGCUUAAUUAUAUAGUUUGUUGAGAGGAGACGGGGGCAGACAGGCAGAUGGCAGAUGACAAAUGUUGGGGAACAGGAACGGGGUGGGGUGGAGGGAUUUCGCAGUGUAGUCACAGCACUAAAAGAGGACAAAGAAACUCUGUAAAUAAAUGUUCCAAUUUGAUGUAUAUGUUUUAUUUUUCGACAUCACUGUAACUAACUACUGUAUUAAAGAUGUGUUC